CAAAAUAAUCUGAUAAUGGAGGGUUCCUUAGGAUUCCUUUUCCUUACUUUUCUAAUUAUUCCUCUUCCUCAUUUCUUCAUUUUCUGCAAUGGACACUCUCACUCUCACCCUCAGCCUCGUUGCAUCGAUACUGAGCAACGCGCCCUUCUCACCUUCAAGCAAGACCUUAUUGAUCCUUCAAACCGGCUCUCCUCCUGGACUGUUGAUGGGGAUUGCUGUCACUGGGUUGGUGUUGUCUGUCAUAACCUCACUGCUCACGUCCAUCAACUCCAUCUUUCAAGCUAUUAUGAGCGGUCAAAGUUUGGUGGUAAGCUAAAUCCUUCUCUGCUUGAUUUGAAGCAUUUGAAUUACUUUGAUCUCAGCUUCAAUAAUUUCUCUGCUUCUCCUAUUCUCGAAUUUCUCGGUUCAAUGAAGAGUUUAACAUCUCUUAAUCUCUCAAAUGCGGGAUUUGUGGGACUCAUACCUCAUCAACUUGGAAAUCUCUCCAAUUUGCUCUAUCUCAAUCUCGAAGACUAUGAUUCUUAUGAUUUAUAUGUGAAUAACCUUCAAUGGCUUUCUGGUCUUCCUUUGCUGCAAUAUCUCGAUAUGAGCCGUGUAAAUCUUAGUAAAGCCUCUGAUUGGGUACGAGUCACAAACACACUCCCUUCCUUGUUUGGCUUGCGCUUGUCAUCUUCCCAACUUCCUUUCAUUCCACUGACACCCACUGUUAACUUUUCAUCUCUCCUCACCCUCGAUCUUUCAUGGAACUAUUUUGAAAAUAGUUUGAUCCCAUCAUGGAUCUUUGGUCUUCAUAAUCUUGUUUCUCUUGAUCUAUCUUACAAUGACUUUCAAGGUCCAAUCCCUGUUGAUCUCCAAAACAUGACUUCUCUUAGUCACCUCGAUCUAUCUGAUAACAAUUUCAACUCUUCAAUUCCUAAUUGGUUGUAUAGUUUUAGUUGUCUUGAGUUUCUCCACCUUCCCUACAAUAAUUUGCAGGGUACAAUCUCCAGUGCCAUUGGAAACCUAACAUCUGCCAUUAGUAUUGACUUGACACAUAAUGAACUUGGAGGAAAGUUGCCAAGAUCGUUGGGUAAUCUCUGUAACUUAAGGGAAAUCAAAUUGUCAUCCAACAAAUGGAGUCAAGAGAUAUCUGAAAUCUUAGAAAGUUUAUCAGUGUGUCUUUCAGAUAGACUAGAGAUCUUAGACUUAAGUCAUUCUCAACUUCAUGGUCAUUUGACGGAUGAACUUGGUCUAUUCAAAAAUCUAGCUAAUCUUCUUCUUAGGAAGAAUUCAAUCUCAGGUCGACUUCCGGUGUCUUUAGGAAAUCUUUCAUCUCUGACAUACCUGAAUCUUGGGAUUAAUCAAUUGGAAGGAACCCUCCCUCAAAAUUUUGGACAGCUUUCCAAACUUGAGACUUUAUCUAUUGAGUCUAAUAUGUUGAAAGGUGUCUUGUCUGAAGUUCAUUUUUCCAAUCUAACCAGUUUGAGGAAUUUUUAUGCAUCUGGAAACCAACUGACUUUAAAAGCAAGUCAAAAUUGGAUUCCUCCUUUUCAGCUUGAGACUUUAUACUUGCGAUCAUGGAAUUUAGGGCCAAAAUUUCCCACAUGGCUUUGUUCACAAAGGCAUCUGCAGUCGUUAGACAUUUCUGAUACAAGGAUUUCAGAUGUGGUUCCUCCUUCAUUUUGGAACUUGUCUUCUCAGUUCCAAAUUUUAAAUCUCUCCCACAAUCUAAUUCAUGGAGAAAUUCCAAAUAGUCCCAUGAUUUUGCCCGCUGCAGUUAUUGAUUUAAGUUCAAACCAUUUCAAAGGUCCUUUACCUUGUAUAUCCUCUAAUGUGCUUGUGCUAGAUCUUUCUAAAAAUUCAUUCUCUAGAUCCAUUUCCCACUUUUUGUGUUUUGGAAUGAAUGAGCAAAAACAAGUAGGAUAUCUCAAUCUUGAAAAAAAUCUUUUAUCAAGAAUAAUACCUGAUUGUUUGAUGAAAUGGAACAACUUGGAGGUCUUGAAUUUGGGGAACAACAAUUUGAGUGGCAGUAUUCCAUCAUCCAUGGGAUCUUUGACUUAUCUUAGUUCUUUGCAUUUAUACAACAACAAAUUCUCUGGAACAUUACCAUCAUCUUUGAAAAAUUGUAAAGAGUUGGUAAUUAUUGAUGUUGCUGAAAAUAGGUUUGCUGGAAACAUACCUUCUUGGAUUGGGCAUAGAUGUACAAGCUUGAUGAUUCUUAACCUUCGCUCAAACUAUUUCCAUGGUCACAUACCAGAAGAACUUUGUGCUCUAGCUUCACUCCAAAUAUUGGACCUUUCACAAAAUAAGCUAUCUGGAAGCAUACCUAGAUGUGUUAAAAAUUUUAGCGCCAUGGCCACAAAUAAUAUUUCAAAUGACCACUUAAAUUCUUAUCGUUCUUCUAAUCAUUAUGGUUAUGAUGAAACUGUCCCACUUGAAAGUGCAUUGCUUGUGAUGAAGGGAAACAUUUUUGAGUAUAACACCAUUCUCCCAUUGGUAAAAAGUAUAGACUUUUCCAAGAAUAGUUUAUCAGGAGAGAUUCCCGAAGAAGUGACCAAUCUUCGAGAAUUACAAUCAUUGAAUCUGUCAUAUAAUCUCUUAAUUGGAAGUAUUCCUGUGAAUAUAGGUACUAUGGGUACAUUGGAAUGUAUUGAUUUCUCUAUGAACCAACUUUCAGGUCAAAUUCCCUCAAGCAUGUCUAGUUUGACAUUAUUAAAUCAUUUGAACUUGUCAAACAACAAUUUGAUUGGGAAAAUCCCUUUAAGCACCCAGCUACAAAGUUUUGAGGCAUCUAGUUUCAUUGGAAACAAACUUUGUGGACCACCACUUACUGAUAAUUGUACUACAAAUGGUGUAAAACCCAACAUAAGAAGUAAAGAUACUAGUGGACUUGAAGUGGAUUGGUUCUAUGUGAGCAUGUCACUCGGCUUGGUGGUUGGGUUUUGGGGUGUAUGUGGUCCUUUACUAUACAAUAAGCAAUGGAGAAUGAUGUACUUUCAAUUCCUAGAUCACAUAGGGUACAAGCUUAAGAGUGUUGUCUUGUAAGAUUUUUAAUACUUUGUGCAAAUGUUAAAUAUUUUGAUCAUGUUAAAUGUUGUAAGUAAAUGCUGUCUUGAUCAUGUUAAUAUUUUGAUGAUUUCCAAAUAAUCUUUUUGCUGAUUAAUA